GCCAGUUACCGCACUUUAACAAAUAUCACUCGACGGAGCUGUUCCAUUUUCCUCUGUCAUUCGGUUUCAUCGUGCUGUUUGACAAACGAGAAUCGUAGCAAUCAACUGUGAGCAAUCUCCGCGAAACGGUCUCAUCCAUACGUAUAUGCUUUACUUCUUCAGUUUGCCAAAUGAUGUUUUAAGGGUUCCUGUCAACUGGGAGUCCGUCGAUGUAACCCCCGAACCUACAUCGGAUGGCCGAUUUCGCAUGCCCCAGUCUUCAUUAGAUGUUAUCAGAAAGCAUGGCAUUGGAUUAAAGGGCCCCUUGACCACACCGAUCGGAAAAGGCCAUCAGUCCCUUAAUCUUGCCCUACGAAAGGAGUUCAACCUGUAUGCCAAUGUGCGGCCAUGCAAAUCGAUAGAAGGUUGUAAGACUCCGUAUACGAAUGUGGACCUUGUAACCAUCCGUGAGAAUACUGAGGGAGAGUACUCCGGUAUUGAACAUACGAUUGUAGACGGGGUAGUUCAGAGCAUCAAGUUAAUCACCGAACAAGCCAGCCAACGAGUCGCCAGCUUUGCAUUCAAGUACGCUCGCGAAAAUGGUCGACGUACUGUGACCGCAGUGCACAAAGCCAACAUCAUGAAAAUGUCAGAUGGGCUAUUUCUGCGCGUGUGUCGAGCAGAAGCGAUGAAGAACAUAGAUAUUGGCUUUCGUGAGAUGUUCUUGGAUACUGUCUGUUUAAAUAUGGUCCAGGACCCCACCCAGUUUGAUGUCCUUGUUAUGCCAAAUUUAUACGGAGACAUCCUGAGCGAUCUGGCAGCAGGUUUGAUCGGUGGACUUGGGGUUACACCUAGCGGAAACAUCGGAGAAACGGGCGCUAUCUUUGAAUCAGUCCAUGGCACAGCACCUGAUAUCGCGGGAUUGAACAAAGCCAAUCCGACCGCCCUCUUACUCUCCGCCGUCAUGAUGCUUCGUCAUAUGAACCUGAACAACUACGCUGAUCUGAUCGAAAAAGCCGUCCUCACUACUAUCCGCGAGGGCAAGCAUCUGACAGCCGAUUUGGGCGGCUGUUCCACUUGCUCUGAUUUCACCAAGGAAAUUUGCCGCAACAUUGAACGACAGGUCAGUCAGCGGUAG